GCGUCCGCAAAGAGGGCGCCGGGCCUAGUCGCUCGGGGGCAGCCCUUCGAGGUGGGGUGGCGGCUGCGGAACGGGCCGAAGGGACCCCCCUCCUCCAGGGCACCAUCCCAGGCGCGCUUACUCCGGGGCAAGCCCCGUCGUUGUCAGUGGAGCUUGCUCCCGGGUAGAUGCGAGGUUCGGGAUCGCAGCCUCGCUCCCCUGAGGGGAACCUGCGCGGGGUUGCAGGUGCGCGCAGGGCGAUCCUGUGCGCGUUGGCUGGGGAGCAAGCCCCCCAAGUCACAAUUCCGAUUCUGCGCAUGCUUACUCAGAAGCAGGGCCCGUCGAUUUCAUCCAUUCAUUUCUUAUUUGUAAUAUACGGGGCUUGCUUCUGGGUACCCCGGCGCGCAAAGCCGGAGCCGUAACUGGUAGCUCCUUCUCUGCUUUGCUUGUAUCUCACAAAUGCACACAAGAGACCUUUGGUCUUUGCUGCAAGCAGUCAGAUUUCUGCAGAGAUCUAAUCCGUUUGCGGUAUUUGCCUACAAAUGGACACAGGAGACAGUUCCAACCCUUUCCCUCACAUCCUGCAGCGAUUCCCCUGCAGCCAUUGCCAGAUGAGAAUCUGCAUUUAGUGGCUUCUCUUGGGGGUUAGUGCCUGCAUGCAUUUGACUCUCUCUGUCAUUUGAUGAUUUGGCAGGUGCACUGUGUAUAUUGACUCCACUGAAAGAGCAUUGCACACGAGGUGGCCUGAAAGUUCUGGCCUUGGUGUUUUGCAUGAAUGAGCCACAUGCAAGACAGCCCUCGUUCCAUAAGAAAGGUUUUGCAGGAUUUUUAAAGGGAUCCUCUCCUAGUACAGACUCCGGCCUCUAACAGCAACCAGUAUAUAUCUAAAGCAUAGGGUCAUAGUUUCAUCACAUGUCGGGGACCCAUCAGAUCUUCUGACAUCUUGAAACUGCAGAUAUCGGUGUUAAUUUAACUGAUCCUAUGUUCAAAGGCAUAUACAGAGGUACUCAAAAGCAUCAAGAUGACUUCUUGGAUGUGGUGGCUAGAGCGGUCAAAACUGGUGUUAAAAAGUUCAUGAUUACAGGUGGAAGUUUGCAAGAUAGCAAAGAUGCACUUCAGCUGGCACAGACAAAUGACAUGUUUUAUAGUACUGUUGGCUGCCACCCCACCCGCUGUGGAGAGUUUGAACAGAGCAACCCUGAGCAGUACUUAGCAGAGCUACAAGGUCUAGCCGAGAAAAAUAAAGGGAAGGUCAUAGCAAUUGGAGAGUGUGGCUUGGAUUUUGACAGAUUAGAAUUCUGCACUAAGGACACUCAACUCAAGUAUUUUGAAAAACAAUUCGAUUUAUCUGAGCAAACAAAAUUACCCAUGUUUCUGCACUGUAGGAAUUCACAUCCAGAAUUUGUAGAUAUAAUGAGGCGAAACAGAGAGAGGUGUGUGGGAGGAGUGGUACACUCUUUUGAUGGCACCAAAGAGGAGGCAGCAGCUAUAAUAGAGUUAGAUCUCUACAUAGGAAUAAAUGGCUGUUCCCUGAAAACAGAAGCUAACUUAGAAGCAGUGAGGUCAAUUCCCAGUGAAAGAUUAAUGCUCGAAACAGAUGCUCCCUGGUGUGGAGUGAAAAAUACCCACGCUGGUUCAAAAUAUGUAAAAACCACAUUCCCUACCAAAAAAAAGUGGGAAGAAGGACACUGCCUGAAGGACAGAAAUGAACCUUGUCAUAUAAUUCAAAUACUGGAAAUACUAGCAGCAGUACGUGAAGAAGAUCCACUAGAACUGGCCAACACUACAUAUAACAACAGCAUUAAAAUCUUCUUUCCAGAUAUGUAAAGCAUUUUAUGUAUUAUGAUUAAAAACUGGUAAUCCUGUCCAUGUAAUAAAGAUUUGACUCCUCUCUGCAUCA